AAUACUAUUUCUCAAUGAGAAAGAGGAAAGCUCAGACUCAUUCGCACUGGACUGCUUGAGGCUCACAGCGUAUCACAUGCUUCAACAUGAAGACCCUUCCUUUCAGUUUGCUUGUGGUGCUGUUUGCCUGGACAGUGUGUGUGUUGGCUGACAGUGGAAGGAUACGACAGAAGCGUGCAUGGAUCAUUGAUUCUUUUAAUAUUGAGGAAGAAAGCCCUGGUCCAUUUCCUUAUAAAUUAGGCCAGAUUGAACUUGACAGGUCUUAUUUAGUAAAAUUCGAGCUACAAGGUCAGGGUGUGGAUAAAGAGCCAAAGGUGUUCUCAAGAUUGAUGAUAAAGGUUAUGUUUCAGUAUUGGAGAAAGUUGGACUAUGAAAAUUCACAAGGUAUUAAAAUUCUCAAUUUGAAAUUUGAAGCAAUAAAUAAAUCCAAUAAUGAAGUGGAUACAAGGCUCGGGGUUGAGAUUAAAAUAUUGGACAUAAAUGAUCAUGCCCCAAAAUUUCAGAAGUCCGUCUAUCAAGUGACUGUGGACGAGUCACAUGAUCAAGGUAAAGAUGUACUGACAGUACUGGCAUUUGAUGAAGAUGAUUCAAGUACAAACAAUGGAACAUUUGAUUUCACAAUCAAGUCUAUCACACCAAAAACAGAUAAUGUUGAAUUCUAUAUUCAACAGCAAAAAGAAUCUGGGACAGUUUAUUUUAGGGGGUGUUUGGACUAUGAGAAAGCUCAAAAAUAUACAAUUUUGGUUGAAGCAAAGGACAAAGGGGAAAAAAUACAGCUCUCAAGUACAAGUACACUGGAAAUCAAUAUUUCGGACAAUAACAACAAUCUUCCAGAGUUCUCCGGCAAAACAGGACCUGGGAAGGUCAAGGAGCGAGAAACUGGGGUUGAAGUUCUGCGACUGCAAGUAACAGACAAAGACAUCCGUGGUUCAAAAGCUUGGAAAGCCAAAUACACUAUCUACGGAGAUAAAAAAGAGCAGUUCAAAAUUGAAACAGACCCUGUUACAAAUGAAGGGAUUUUAACAGUUGUUAAGCAACUGGACUAUGAGGAGCAAACAUACCAAAAUCUAUCCAUCAGUGUGCAGAAUGAAAUUCUUUACUUCUCAUGUAAGGUCAAAAAGCAAGUAAAGAAUGCCUUGUGGGAGCUUGACAAAAAGCCCCAAAACUCUGGUAUGAGUGAUGCAAACCUCUAUAAUACCAUUCUAGUGACCAUUUAUGUUGAAGAUGUCAAUGACCCUCCGGUAUUUAUACCUCCUGUUAAAAACGUUUCUGUAAUGGAGAACAUAGCUGUAGGAACAAGUCUAACAACCUUCACUGCUAAAGACAUGGAUGGAAGCCAUAUAAACACAUUUAAAUUUGUUAAAGGUGAAGAUAUUGCUGGAUGGAUAACUGUUGAUGCAAACACUGGACAAGUUUCCACAAAUAAAAUUCUGGACAGAGAGUCACCAUUUGUGAUAAACAGCACCUAUAGAGCAACCCUAUAUGCUGUGGAUGAUGGUUUCCCACCACUGACAGGCACCGGAACUCUAUUUAUUCACCUGAAUGAUGAAAAUGAUAACGUACCAGUGCUGGAAGUGAACACAGUCAACAUGUGCCUGGAUACACAGCCCACAAUAGCCAGCAUCACUGCUGUAGACCUGGACCUUCCUCCAUACAGUUCACCUUUCUACUAUGAGCUUUUAGGAAAUGUUAAGGACAAAUGGAGGGUUGACCCAGUCUAUGGCACAACAGUGAGUCUUGUAAAAGAACACAGUGUGUAUUCAGGUCAUCACCAGUUCCAGAUAAAAAUAUCAGACCAGCAGGGAUUGUACUCCAUCCAAAACCUGUCGGUCACAGUGUGCGACUGCUCUAUAGCUCCCAACUGCCAUGUCAAGAUGGCUCGGAAGGCUCAGAUGGGACCUGUUGCAGCCUGGAUGGUUAUACUUGCAGUUCUGUUCUUUAUAGCAUUUUGCUUGAUGGCCCUUCUGAUCUCCUGCAAGGCAGAGAAAAAAAUGAUUGAAAUAGAUGAGGGCUUUGGUCAUCUCAUCAAAACAAAUACAGAAAAUCCAGGAACAGACUGUUUGGUUCCUUCCAGUAAAGGCAUUUACAAAACAGAUUCUUUCAACGUAAAUGCCAGCAUAAAUGUGUCUACAAAAAUAAAAUCAAGCCAGAAGGUCACAUCACAAACUGUGAUGCAGGCAGUUUCACAGGCUCCACAGCCAUUCUACGAUGGCCAGAUGUUCAAACGCUCAAUAUACAGGAGUUCCACAAGAGGGAGAAACAGAGAACAUUUCCAACAGCGAGCGAGUAUCAGAUCAAGUUUUAGAAGUACCUUUUCUUACAAGGUCAAUGCGCCUUACCCGAGAGACAAGCUUGCUGAUCUCAUCAACAAGAAAUUACUUGCUCUCCAAACCCAGGAGUUUGUUGUUUAUGAGCCGCACUGGUACGCAGAUGAAGGACAAGAUACAGCCAAUUCCGAACUGGAUGCAAUCUCUAUUUCAGAGAAUGAUUUUCAUCCAGAGAUGCUUAGAAAUCUGGACAACAGGUUCAGUCAACUAGCAAUCAUUUCCAGACCUGACCUGAUGAGAAGGUGACAGUUAUAGCAAGAAGUGUAGCAGAUUUUUUGAGAAUGAGAUACUGAAUGAAAACUUAAAUCAAUAAUCAGGGAUGCUGGGUCAAAAAAAUCUGGAAAAAUGGAAUGAGGGUCUUCAAAGGUUUUCCUACUGUUUAAUAGUGUUAAAGUAGCUCAGGUGUUUGGUUUUGGGUCAGUGUAAAAGAUUUCAUUGUGACUCUCAGUGCACGUCUUGAUUUCUGUCGGCUGCAGGAGAAAAUUCAGAAAGAAAAUGAAUAUUAUUUUCCGUAAUAUUAUGAUGAUGUCAUCACUGUUUUGGAAUGUUGUACAUUGUAUGUUGAUGAAUUAACACCUUAAUCUUGAAUUUUAUAGUAUAAAUUUGAAUGUUGUCUGUACGUUAAAAGGACUUAAUUAAUUUCAGACAUUUAAUAUAAAAAUAAAAAAUUUCAGUAAUGCUUUUAUUUGAUAAAAUCCUCUAAGAAUACAUGGGUGGAUGGUGAUAAUGCAGUUUUUUUUUUUUUUUUUUUUUGCUGCAUGUUUGAAGAGAGUAUCUACUGUGACUGUGUAAUGCAAAAACCUGUGACAUAUCUGGGUCUGUUGUUCCCUUGGGUGCAACAUUAGGUGUUUUUUGAGCCAUUACUGUAAAAAUGUUCUGUGACUAUUUAUUUAUUUUUUUUUGUAUUAUUUGUAUUAUUGUUAAUAAUACUGAAAGCAGAACA